GCACGGCACUCCCAUCGUGUCGUUUCGCAUCCCCAAACUCGCUUCCAAAAAAGCAUUUCCUCCUGCCGUGGUUGGGUGUAAAAGCCUGUGUGGGGAGGGCUGGCGCUCACUCACCACACACCGUGUGCUGCUGGCGGUGGCCAUGGGGUGCCAGGGCGCCCGGCCCGGGCACUGAGCUGCCCCAGCACCCACCACCUGGCCCCCUCGCCCCCCGGCAUGACCCAGCUGCAUGGCCGCAAGGAUGAAGCGCUGCUGCCUGGGGGUGGCUUGGGUGCUCCUGGCCACGCUGCGGCUGGCAGCGAGUGAAUCGCAGCCCCUGGGGGCGCAGGACCGCGUCGUGCUGCAGGGACAGCGGGUGCUGGUGCAGCUGCCUGCCCGCCCACAGAGGCACACUGCCAGACCCCGCUGCCCCGCCGGCAUGAACUGGAUCGAGGGGACUCACCAGUGCUGCACCCCCUGUCCUGCAGGGACAUUCCUGCGCAGCUCGUGCUCAAGCCGCGGCAACGACAGUGACUGCGCUCCUUGUCCCACCGGUACCUUCCGUGCCCAGCCCAACACCUUCCGCGAGUGCCAGGCUUGCUACGAGUGCGACCGUCACGCUUUCCAGAGCGUGCUGAGCAACUGCUCGGCCACCAGCAACAUCGCCUGCGGCUGCGAGCCUGGCCGCUUCCGCGACUGCCUCGAUGAACACUGCAGUGAGUUCUCCUGCCGGCAGUGCCAGCCCUGCACCGGGCGGCUCAUCCAGCGGCCCUGCACACAGCUGCAGGACACGCUCUGCGGCACCUGCAAGCCCGACUUCUAUGCUGAGGGGGGCGAGUGCCGGCCAUGCCACACGAACGCCCAGGAGACCUGCGGCAAGGAGUGCCAGCGGGUGUGCAGCAGCAGCGGCGGCCGAGGCUCGGGGCUGGAGUACGUCCUGCUGGCGCUCACCGGGCCCCUCUUCCUGGGCGCCCUUGCCAUCUACCACAAGAGGCGGCGGCUUCGGCAAAAUGCCCUGGCGGGUGGCACCCUCCCUGUGGCACAGGCAGCCACCCCUACAGCUGAGGCGGCGGCCAGGCCAUGGUGCCAAGCCAGUGCCUGGGGCUGGGACAGUCUGUGCUGGACCCGGCCGUGCUCUCCCCCGAGGAUGGAGCACGGCACCGGCACAGCGAGGUGGAGCCCCCAGCACUGGGCGCUGCUGCAGGAGCAGCCCCGCGGCACAGCCCAGCCGGGCGGCGAGCGGGACCCCUCCUCCCCCCCGGAGCCCCGCGCUGCCCUGCUGCAGGGCAGCCAGCUCUACGCCGUCAUCGACGCGGUGCCGGUGCGGCGCUGGAAGGAGUUCAUGCGGGUGCUGGAGCUGCGGGAAGCGGAGAUCGAGCUGGUGGAGCUGGAGGUGGCCCACAUCCGUGACCAGCAGUAUGAGAUGCUGAAGCGCUGGUGCCAGCAGACCAGCGCCACGCUCGACCGCAUCUUCGCCGCCCUGGAGCACAUGGAUCUGGGUGGCUGUGCCGAGGCUCUGCGCCGGAGCCUGCCAGCGGGCCCCUGACCCCGGCACUGCCGCCCUGCCGGAAGGAGCUCCCAGCACCUCCCCGGCUCGCCAAGCACCUCAGGCAAGCCGUACCCCUAAGUAUUGUUACUUACGCCGUGUAGACAUUUUAUGUCAGUUUUAUGUCCCCUCCACGCCCGCUUGCCCCCCCUAUUUAUGUCCUCCUGCUCCCAGGGCCAGGGGGGACGCUGUGCCCCGGCACACUGGCUGCCCAGCCGCUCGCGGGACGAGCGGGCAUCGAGCCUGCCGCAAACCCAUGGGAUAGUUCUCGAGGCCGCCUGCUGCCAGGUGUGCCUGCCCCCACCCCAAUAAAGCGGAGUGUUCUCCAACUGCCGGCCCCUGGCCCUUCUUCCCGGCACUGCACUAGCCCGUCAGGGCACCGGGGCACUGCUGGCAUCAGAG